UAUCUCCGGUCCCAACCAACAACGGGGUGGAGUGUGGUAUAAAAGCACCCGGGCGCAAUCAGACCGAUAUCAUUCACAGUUCAGAACUCGUCGUCGAGCGUUAGUUGCAAUUGCAAAACAAAACAAACUAAAUCACUAAAAAUGGCUUUCUGCAAAACCGUCGUCUGCCUGGCUUUCCUCGGAGUCGCCGCCGCUGGACUCGUUCCAUUGGCCACUGAAUACAAGGGAGAUUACUAUUCUCACCCACAGUACUCCUUCAACUAUGGAGUCCAUGAUGGUCUGACCGGCGAUGUUAAGUCCCAGGUCGAGAGCCGUGAUGGAGAUGUUGUGAAGGGACAGUACUCCCUGGUCGAACCCGAUGGUUCCGUCCGCACUGUCGACUACACCGCCGAUGAUGUCAACGGAUUCAACGCUGUCGUCUCCAAGUCUGGCCCAUCGGUCCAUGCCGCUCCAGCUGUCGUCAAGACCGUUGCUGCUCCAGUUGCCUACAGCGCCCCAGCCGUCGUUAAGACCGUCGCUGCCCCAGCCGUCUACUCGCAUGCUGCUCCAGCUGUCUACUCCCAUGCCGCUCCAGCUGUGUACUCCCAUGCCGCUCCAGCUGUCUACUCGCAUGCUGCCCCAGUCGCCUACGCCCCAGCUCCAGCUGUCGUCAAGACCGUUGCUGCCCCAGCCGUCUACUCGCACGCUGCCCCAGUUGCCUACGCUCAUUCCCCAGCUGUGUACGCUGCUCACGCCCCAGCUGUCUACGGACACGCUUACGCCCCAGCUCACGCCGCUCUCCACUACUAAACUUCGCCAUAGUCAAAUCCUCAUAUCUCAAUGAGCAGUCGCCUCUACAGCUGCUACCCUCCACGGACAUACUGCCAAAUAUUAUUUAUUUCCUCUGAUCCCUGACACUAUCUCCCGCACAUCUUCAACGCCCCCUCAUCUACCCGACCGGGAUAGCACCUUUACGGGCGACUGCAGCUUCGAAACAAUGGACAACGACACAAAACUCUAUCUCUUGGAUUGUAUGUAUAUAGUAUGAAACGGCGGAAGAAAGAUGGGCGAUCGAACGGAAAGACCUAACGCUGCCACCGGUUCUGAAACGUGAUUGUACUUUUCGCUGUCAUCGCUUAUCUGAAUUCCCGCUUCCACAAUCCAGACACGAAGGUGCACCCACCUACCGAUUAGGAAAAUGGAAAUUAUUGCGACGUGCAUCUUCAACUUCCACUAGAUUUCCCCGUUUGGACUUGGCUGCCGCCGAUUCAACCGGAUCGAAGAUGCAAACGUACGCCCACAGCAACACUAGCUCGAACAAUACUCAUAUGUACACAAUCGAUUGGGAUGAUUUAAUGCUCCUUUUGUGACGACGAUAAGUGACUUAACCUAAAUGUGAAGAAACGAAUUUGUACAGAGAUGAAACACUGAUGAUGAUAUUAAUUAGGAUAAUAAAACAAACUAUAAAUCGCUGAAAAAUAA